AUGAGAGGAUGGGAGAGUAAGGUGAAUGGAAAAAGAAGUGAGGCUGAUAAACCCGCGAGUGGUAAACCUUACAAACCUCGAUAUAAACCUAAACCUAAGGUUGAGGAAGGCGCUGAGAUCUGGUUCGAUGACGUGGACGAUGUUCUCCUGGAGGGACGGGUUCAGCUUAGAGGAGAGACCGGAGAAACAUCCAAUCCGGAGAAAUAUCUUGUGAAAGAGAAUAGUUUCAGUGGUUUAACGAAGAUUGUCGGAAUGGAUUGUGAAAUGGUGGGGAUUGGAAAAGAUGGGGAGGACAGUAUCCUGGCGAGGGUCAGUAUUGUCAACCAUUUUGGAAACUUAGUUUACGACACAUAUGUCGCGGCAACUGAGCGCGUAACUGACUUCCGAACACAUGUCAGUGGAAUACGACCGCAAGAUUUAAAAAAUGCACCUGAUUUCAAAUCGGUGCAGAUCAAGGUGGCGGAGAUCCUCAAGGAUCGUAUUCUAGUUGGACACGCGAUCCAUCAUGAUCUCAAAGUUCUUUACCUGGAUCAUCCAAGGAAGCUGAUCAGAGAUACUUCCAAGUAUAAGCCCUUCAGAGCUAGAUUUAAUGGGAAAACUCCGGCUCUCAAGAGACUUAGUGAAAUGUUCAUAGGUGUGAAGGUACAGACGGGUGAGCACAGUUCUGUACAGGACGCCCAGGCCGCUGUACGCCUUUACACUAUGGUUAGAACUGAAUGGGAGAGCGCUAUCCGUGAGAAGCACAAGGGAAGCUUCCAUGGGAAGAAGAAACCUAAAAACGAAUUAAACAAUAAACCUUCAAUUUUGUCGAGUAUUCAGAAGGAUCUUUCUUCCUCCGGGACCAGAAAAUAUGUCGACAGUGAUUCAGAUUAA